AUGCAGUCAGAUGGCUGCGACGACCCGGAUUUCACUAAGCUGAGUGAUCGGGAGUUCGCCGAAGAGUUGCGGAGACUCUGCGACGUUCUUAGCUGCUCCGUGCAGGGCACCGCGAACACGAACGACUGGGAUAAGCGUCUUGUAGCACUGCGACAACUUUGCAAACUUGCUCGCGGCGAUGUCUCCAAAUGUCGCGGGUUUCUUUCACUGAUGGGCAUGUACGUGAAGGUUCCGCUACAGCAUCACAUUGAAGAGGUGCGGACACUGUUGAGCACUGAAGCAUGUGCCGUUGUGGUUGCGUUUGCGGAACACUCAAGCAACCGCACUGCGUGGCGAGCUGCGAGUGAGUGGUUUAUUCCUUCCUUGCUGCAGCUAACAAUGCGCACCAAUCGUGUUUCACUUUUGUCCGCAGUAGGGACGUUGGGGGCACUUGCAAGGACGAAUAGUUUUGGGCCUGCAGCAUUUGCAGAACUUCUUCGCGGCUGUACUGCCCGGCACGCGGCAACACGGCGAAAUGCCCUUGGUGUACUCCAAGUUGUCAUGAAGCAGGGCCAGAAUGAUGAUGGCGACGUUCCGCUUUCAAAGUCUAUUGAUGCCAUCUGCAGGGUGCUGCGGUUUGCAUUGUCCGACGCAGAUGAAGAGACGCGACGAUGUGCCCGGUCGUGUUUUUGGACCUUUCAUGCUAGUGAGCCAGAGGCGGCGGAGAGGCUUUACAAGGGGAUGGAAAACCCAGUGAAGCGAUCAUUGGCCCGCAAAAUUUUCCCGCAAGCACCAAAUACAAAAGAUGCCGCCGUUGUUGGGAAAACCCCGGUUGCGGUGACAAAAACGACGAAGACAGCAAGUGGAUAUUCUGAGGAUGUGGAGCAGUUGUUAUUGCCACCACAUAUUUCUCUCUCUGUAACAAAUAGUCACGGGAACAUUGCCGUGAAGGCGCCGGAGGGGGAAAAUAAGAUGACAGAAGACGUGGCGGAGAGUUGGGCGUUGGUGCACGAUGCACUUCAAAGUACGUUGUGGUCUGAACGUCUUUUGGGGCUACGACGCCUUUCUGAAGGGUUUCUCCAUUUUCGUCAAGAGGCGGAAUCUGUGAGGUUGCUGAUCCCGCGUCUAAACGACCCCAACUCUCGGGUGGCACAAAUGGCACUUCAGGUGUUGCAGGUGGUAAUGCGUACCUCUCCUACCCUAUUGAAGGUGGUUUUGCCGGACGUGGUAACCGCGCUCCUUGUCAACAUGAGUGGGAACAAGGAGGCGCUGUCAAAUGCCUCGCGGGAGCAUCUUGCUAGCAUCAUUCAGGUGAAUGCCGUGGAUGACGUGGCUCGCGCCAUUUACCGCACACUCGGCGAUGUGGUUGCCCCCAGGGUUAAGGUGCACGCGGUGGAAUAUGCUCAGUACCUCUAUGAGCAACAUGCUGCUCAUUUUGAACAAUCCUCGCCAAUGACUCUGGCCAUGACGCAUCUCUUACAGUGUUUAAGGAGCAAUAGAAAGGGAGGUGAUGUAUACAAGGCUGCCAUUUCUUCUCUUGCUGCACUGUAUGUUUCGGCAGAGACGAAUUUCGUACGAACGUUGCUUCAGUUAUCACCGAUUGAGCGCGAUGCCCUCGUUGAGACGUUAGAGCCCACCAUUCCACACCUCGCACAGGAGUGCCGGCGUCGCGUGACGGGCGAGAGACCGCUGCAGCAUGCCCCUUUGCACAUUUGCUCCCCAUUUGCAGAGAAACUUAGGCACAGCAGUGGCACUUCCCCAAAGUGUGGUCCAGGAAUUGAGCGACAGCGGAUGGUGCGAGGGCAAGGACGACAGACCCAUUCUGCUUCUUCUUCUGUCAAAAAGGAGGUGGAUUACAAAAAGGUUUGUAAUGUUUCAUCAGCCAACGAACAAGCAAAUGGUGGGUUGGAGAAAAUACAAAGAACCAACUGUGAAGGGCUGGGUUCGGUAAGUGCGCCAACCUUGCAACGGUCCUCUCAGCGUGAGUCAUUACUGAGAACUCGUGAUUUCACUCACCGUGAUUCAAUUGCUCCUGUAGGGGCACCAUCCUCCUGCCAACCCGCUUGUAAAAGCGAUGACCCAAGUGAUCUUCUCGUUCGCUUGGACGAAACAUACGGAGUGGUGGACGUCUGCGCUGUUCUUGACCGAGUACAAAGUAUGAUUGCAGUGAACCCAACACCGUGGUUAGAUGUUUUCGGACACCUGCUAAUGCAACUCGAGAGACUUAUUUCUCAGUCAUGUGAGCCCAAUCAUGUUGUGCGGCGUCGAGGGAUUCUUGUUCUUCGCACCGUAGUUGAACAAAAAGUCCUACAGCGACCUGUUACCCGAUGCUUAAAACGGAUUGUUCUUCUUGCACGUGUGGGAAUAGAUGAUGUCUUCCCUGAAGUGCAUGUCGAGGCCACAGCUGUGCUGCAAACGAUUUUUAGUGGCCGUCUUUACCCCAUAGAUCACAUUUUGAAUUCAGUUGCCAUGAGUUUAGAAAAUUGGUUAUCUGAUGACAGUGGGUACAGUAGCAGCGGUUGGCUGAUGCUACUCGAAUCCGUAGAACACCUGUUUGCUCGACAGGGAAGAGGCAUCGUCUUGGUGCAGGACCCUUCUAACGAAUAUGUGGCCCCGCAGGAUUCUGCUACUUCAGGUGUUGUAAGUGAACCUGUCUUUUCCCGUCUGUGCGGUGUCGUUCUUCAGGCUCUGCGGCACGCCGUUACCGAGGUUCGUCUUACCGCAGUUCUUGUGGUUGUCUCUAUAUGGAUGAGCCUAGACACUGCCGUCCUUCCCUACUUGGUGGGCCUAACAGCCAGUCAACGCAAACUCGUCUCACUCUACUAUAACAAGAUAACAUCUGAACGUAUGCCGGGGGUGCACGACACGAUCCAAGAACGCGACUUGACGCGUGAGAUGCGUGCCAUGGGACUACCGGAACCGGCUUGUCUAUAG